CACUGUCGACGUCGCAACCGGCGGCCACACCCGCUGCCCGCGCACCAUGACGGCGGCUGUCAUCAGGCACCGGCUGCAGCAUCCUUCGCACCCACCCCGCAACCAUGGGCUCGCGCCUUGAGAGCAACUCCAACUCGGUGCGCAAGCGCAUCGCCAAGCACACCUUCGAUGACGAGGACGGCGACGAGUAUGGGGGCUCCAAGUUCGGCGGCUUCCCAGAGUACUUCAGACGGAAGAAGAUCAAGCUUCAGAACCUGGACGCAGACCUUCGCUUGCAGUCCGCCGACAAGCCCCAGAUAUUCAGAGGAAUCGUCGCACACGUAAACGGCUACACGCAGCCGUCGCUCAACGACCUGCAUACGCUCAUCGUUCAGCAUGGAGGCGGGUUCCUGCAGUACCUCGACGGGAAGACUACCGCGACCCACAUCAUCGCGAGCAGCCUCACCCUGAAGAAGGCCGUAGAGCUCCGCAAAUACCGCAUCGUCAAGCCUGCGUGGGUCGUGCACAGCAUCGAAGCUGGGAAGCUGCUUCCGUGGAGCGGCUAUCGUGUUCUAGACGAGGGAGAAAAUCAGAAGGUGCUGGCUUUUGACAAUGGCAAGGUAUCAAGCGCCUCCAGUAAGAAGGUGCAGGGGUAUCGCGACCAAAGCAACCAGAGCUGGUAUACUAGCCAGCUCCGGACCAGCCAGUUCGAUGGGCCUGCGAGCACUCCAACUCCCUUGAGCUCUAUGCGACCCCGGGUUCCCCGGGAAAGGCUGCUGACCCCAGGUGACGAUAUUGAGGAACAUCUGCCGCCUUCGCAUCAGCCAGAACAGGGGCCAUUUGAUCAAAGCUGGGUCGAGCAGCUGGAAGAUGCCGCACGCGCCUCCGAAACGAUCGUGACUCCGCCAAAGACGAGCCCUACCCCGGAAGAUCCACCUGACGAACCCGUCCCGAUGGCACAAGACAGCGUACCCCAGGACCACGAUGGUCGAUACACUCAUCCAGAUGAAGAAGCCGUUCAGUACCCCGCUGCUCAGGAACGGGUUGCAAAAGCAGCAAAAGAAGAGUCAGUCGUGAAGGGACGACCACUCACCGCGGAAGAGCACAAUGCCAUCUUACUCCGAGACCCCAAAAUUCGCAAAUCUACCGUUGUGGAUCCCAGCUUCCUUGAACAGUACUAUCGCGAGUCUCGUUUGCAUCACCUUUCCACCUGGAAGGCCGAGCUGAAAUCACAAUUGCAGGCUUUGGCCAGCGAGAGAAGUUCGUCGCAGAAGGCGAAGCAGAAAAGACCUGCGGGCGCAAGGCGAUACAUACUGCACGUCGACUUUGAUAGCUUCUUUGCUGCAGUGAGUCUGAAGAAGAAUCCGCAAUACAAGGACAAGCCUGCGGUUGUCGCUCAUGGCAAUGGCAGCGGGUCGGAAAUCGCCAGCUGCAAUUAUCCCGCAAGGAAAUUUGGAGUCAAAAACGGAAUGUGGAUGAAGAAGGCUCUGGACCUGUGUCCGGAUCUGAAAAUACUUUCAUACGACUUCCCCGCGUACGAAGACGCUAGCCGAGCGUUUUACGAUGUUAUCCUUGCGACUGGCGGGAUCGUGCAAAGCGUGAGUAUAGAUGAAGCGCUGAUCGACGUCUCGAGCCUUUGCAUUGGAGUUGGUGGUAGUGACGGUAAAGGCGUCAGCGAAGGUAGCAUAUAUCGUGAACAGGCGAAGGCUGAGGAAAUUGCUCAAUCUUUGCGUGAUGAAGUCAAAGCGAGGACAGACUGCAAUGUCUCAAUCGGUAUAGGCGGUAAUGUCCUGCUUGCCAAAGUCGCUCUGAGGAAAGCCAAGCCGGCCGGCCAAUAUCAAAUCAAGCCUGAAGAGGCCAUCGACUUCAUAGGUGAACUGCAGGUCCAGGAUCUUCCCGGUGUUGCAUGGUCUAUCGGCGGGAAGCUGGAAGAAAUCGGCAUCAAAUUCGUCAAAGACAUCCGAGGGUUCACUAAAGAAAGGCUAGUACAGACAUUGGGGCCCAAGACUGGGGAUAAGCUAUGGGAGUACUCCCGCGGCAUUGAUCGAGUGGAAGUUGGCGAGCAAGUGGUGCGCAAGUCAGUGUCAGCUGAAGUCAACUGGGGCGUGCGAUUUGAGAACCAAGAGCAGGCUGAUGAGUUUAUUGGAAGUCUUUGCGGAGAGCUUCAGAAACGCCUACUGAAAGAAAAAGUCAAAGGAAAGCAGUUGACGAUGAAGAUCAUGCGUCGGUCACCAGACGCUCCCUUGGAUCCGCCCAAGCAUCUCGGUCAUGGCAAAUGCGACACACUUAACAAGAGCUUGGUGCUCGGAGUGGCGACAAAUGCCAAAGAGACGUUGACGAAAGAGGCACUGAGCAUUCUUAAAGGCUUCGGUAUCUCUCCAGGUGAACUGAGAGGCAUAGGUGUGCAAAUGACCAAGUUAGAGCCCAUGAAGAAUGCCACAGACGGUUCCCUGGAAAGCUCACAACGCCGUCUCCAGUUCAGAGCUGGGCCUGCCGAACCCAAACAGGUCCGCAAACCCCCACCAGUCGUGGACGACAUGGACCCCAUCCAGGAUGAUCCGGUCACUCCGAGGAAACCAAAAGCUGCCGCAGAAGAUGAGCACGUCGCUUUUGGUCCUACAGAGCUCAACCAUUCCACGCCAUCCCGACGCCCGCUAAACAUGAUGGGCACGCAGUUCAUAAUGCCAACCCAGGUAGACCCGAAAGUGCUCGCAGAGCUCCCCGAAGAUAUCCGCUCGAAGCUUCUUCGGCAAGGUCGCCAAUCUACACCUACCCCCGCCACACCCAAAAGGCGCACAGAGUCCCGCGAAGUUACUCCUUCCCCGCAAAAAGCCUUACCAUUCGCACUCACGGCGCUCCCCGCGCAGUCUCAGCUCGAUCCCGAAAUUCUCGCCGCGCUCCCCCUUGACGUCCGCGCAGAGGUCCUCUCUCAAUACGCCGCAGCAGGAGCGACCCCGUUCUCUCCGUCCCGCCGCCCAAAACACAUCGACCAGACCCUUCUUCCCCAGUCACCACGCAAGAAUCGAUUGAUUGGUAUUCCUGCCAAACGUCCAAUCGUGCCUCCAGUCAAGCGGGGAAGAGGCCGACCUCCAAGGUCCGCACAGCUUGCCGCCGCAGCGCUCGCGAGCGCAAGAGACGCCACGGGCAAGACUCUCACCCAGGCCAACUUCAUAUCGCUCAAAAACCCCGCGCGCACCCGCGGCAGCAAAGAAGGCUCAGCUGCAAACCCGCUGCCCGCCGCUGAAGAACUCGACGCAGACUUCCUCGCCGCCCUCCCCGAGGACGUCCGGCGCGAAAUUGUUGAAGAGCACAAGCGCCAGAAACUGCAAGCGUCUCGCCUCGCCCUGGCAAAGACGCGCAGGGCCGCCCAACCAACCGUACAUGGCCCACGCCCAUCGCAGAUCGUCACUGUCCCCCGCCCCCCACGGCCAACCUUCACCAUGAACAAGCUGCACGACAAGAAUGACCUGCGACUCGCGCUCAAAGACUGGAUCCGCGAGUUCGGCGAAGAAGGGCCGUAUGAGGAGGACGUCGGCGCGCUGGCAAAGUAUUUGGGCCGCGUUGUGACCGAGGAGCGGGACAUGUUCAAGGCGGUUGCGGUGGUGAAGUGGUUUGAGUGGAUUGUUGGGGAUUCUGCCGAUGCGGAUGGACGAUUUGGGAAGAAGAGGUGGGAGGACGCGCUGGGGAGUGUGAAGGAUGGGGUGCAGAUGGCGGCGGCGGAAAGGGGGUUGGGGGAGGUGAGGUUUGUUUGA